AUGUUGAGUCCCUUUACACCUCACCUGCAACUGGGAAAUCAAAGUGGAUGUGUGUGCGAGUGCAGUGCAGCCCUGGAUCCAUCGUGGAACCAGAGUCCGCCAGGGCGCCCAGCCUUCGGGCCGGAGACGCUCCAGACCAGCAACUACUCUCUGGUGUUGCUGAUUCAGCUCAGCCUGCUGUCCUUCGACCUGUUUGUCAACUCCUUCAGCGAGCUGCUGAGGGCUGAACCGGCCGUCCAGCUGGUACUUUUCAUUAUCCAGGACAUCGCCAUCCUGUUUAACCUGAUCAUCAUUCUGUUGAUGCUGUUUAACACCUACGUGUUCCAGGUCGGCCUGGUCUCCAUAUUGCUGGAGCGAUUUAGAGCUCUGCUAAUGCUCUCUGCUCUCUACCUGACCUUUAGUAUCAUUCUCCAUUCCUGGCUUAUGAAUCUGCGUUGGCUAAACACCAACAGAUUUAUUUGGACAGACGGCCUCCAGGUGCUGUUUGUGUUCCAAAGAGCCGCUUCUGUGUUGUACUACUACUUCUACAAGAGGACCUCAGAGUAUCUGGGUGACCCUCGCCUCUACGAAGAUUCACCGUGGCUGCGAGAAGUCUUUGCUCGAGUUAGACAGUGAUCUCACUGCA